AUGUCCAAUUCCACCAUUAAUUUUGCUCUUUUCCUCUAUUUCAUACUUUCUUUCAUGUCUGAUAUUUUUUUUUCCAUUUUUUUUUAUAAUUCUUCCUUUCUUUUCCUCUUUCUUCAUUUUUUUUUCCUUUUCUUUCUAUAUUUUUUUAUCUUUUUCCUUUCCUUCUUUUAUUUUCUUUAUUAUUUCCAUUUAGGAACAAGUACCAAUAUGAUCGUUGGAAUUCUUUCCUUUUCAUCUUCUACUCUUAUUUUCUCCCUUCUACCUCUCACCCCCUUCCCUUACAAUUCCUCCCUUUCUUUCUUUCUUUCUUUCUUUCUUUCUUUCUUUCUUUCUUUCUUUCUCCUAAGUCUUUCCUUUUCAUCUUCUACUUUUAUCUUCUCCUUUCUACCUCUCACUCCCCUCCCUUACAAUUCCUCCCUUUCUUUCUUUCUUUCUUUCUUUCUUUCUUUCUUUCUUUCUUUCUUUCUUUCUCCUAAGUCUUUCCUUUUCAUCUUCUACUUUUAUCUUCUCCUUUCUACCUCUCACUCCCCUCCCUUACAAUUCAUCCCUUUCUUUCUUUCUUUUCUUUCUUUUCUUUCUUUCUUUCUUUCUUUUUCUCCUCAGUCUUUCCUUUUCAUCUUCUACUUUUAUCUUCUCCUUUCUACCUCCCACUCCCUUCCCUUACAAUUCCUCCCUUUCUUUCUUUCUUUCUUUCUUUCUUUCUUUCUUUCUCCUCAGUCUUUCCUUUUCAUCUUCUACUUUUAUUUUCUCCCUUCUACCUAUCACUCCCCCCCUUACAAUUCAUCUCUUUCUUUCUUUCUUUCUUUCUUUCUUUCUUUCUUUCUUUCUUUUCUUUCUUUCCAUUACUUAUCUGACAUUUUUACAUUUUCUUUUUUCUCUUCCUGA